GACUCUGAAAUUUACAAAAAAAUAUUAUGAGUAAAAUUUAGUAAUCAAUGUACCAUAUUAAUAUUUGGAGUAUCAAUGAGCAAGAAAUUUUGUUAUAUAUCACUACUGAAACUUUUAAUUCCAUGAAAAAGUACUCAAAAACAUUGUGCCAAUUCACUAGAGCUUGCAAAAAAGAGGACCCAAUAAUUAUUGUUUUUAUUUCAAUAGAAAAUGUAUUCAGUUAGAAAGUAAAUAUUAAUUGGUUAAAUAAUAAAAUAGAUGGAAAAAUAUAUCUGAGAAUACUAUUUUUUAUUAAUAAAAAAUAGUAUCAUAUAUUAAAAAACAUAAGGUUGAUAAGAAAUAAUUCACUGGAUUUUUUGAGUCAGGAUUAGGAUCUAAGCGUCAUUGGCAGACCUAUACAUUAGGAUUAAAAAGAAUUGUGAGUAUGACGACUGCAGAAUGUCUUACCUUGGAUUUUGGUCCGUUUGAAACUGUUCAUCAAUGGCAACGAAUGCCAGAAUGUGACGAAUUUGUAGGAGCAAGACGCAGUAAACAUACCGUCGUCGCUUAUAAAGAUUCAAUUUACGUUUUUGGCGGAGACAAUGGUAUAACGAUGCUAAAUGACCUCUUGCGUUUCGAUGCCAAGGAAAAAUCCUGGGGAACAGCUAUUGCAACUGGAGCACUUCCGGCUCCCAGAUAUCAUCAUUCUGCUGUUGUUCACGACUCUUCUAUGUUUGUUUUUGGAGGCUACACCGGUGACAUUCAUUCCAACUCUAAUCUCACCAAUAAAAAUGAUCUCUUUGAAUAUAAGUUCCAGACUGGACAGUGGAUAGAAUGGAAAUUCAAUGGAAAAACUCCUGUCGCUCGAUCGGCUCAUGGUGCAGCUGUUUACGAUAACAAAUUGUGGAUAUUCGCUGGAUACGAUGGCAAUGGUCGUUUAAACGACAUGUGGACGAUUUCGUUGUCGCCAGGAGAGCCAAGGGUUUGGGAAGAGGUUGUGCAGUCAGGAGAUUCUCCGCCAACUUGUUGCAAUUUCCCUGUUGCUGUGGCGCGCGAGUCGAUGUUCGUGUUCAGUGGUCACAGCGGGGCCAAUAUCACGAACAGCCUCUUUCAAUUCUACUUCCGAGAAAAACGAUGGACUCGGAUUUCAACGGAGCACAUAUUGAGAGCUGCACCCCCACCUCCAGCGCGUAGGUACGGUCACACGAUGGUGAGUUUCGACCGUCAUCUGUACGUAUUUGGCGGUGCUGCGGACUCGACGUUACCGAGUGAUCUGCACUGCUUCGACUUGGACACUCAGACGUGGAACAUCGUUUUACCAUCGCCGACGAGUAAAAUACCAUCCGGUCGUUUGUUUCACGCAGCGGCAGUGAUCGGCGAAGCAAUGUUCAUAUUUGGUGGUACGGUUGACAACAACGUACGCUCAGGAGAAACGUAUCGUUUUCAAUUUUCAUCCUAUCCAAAAUGCACGUUGCACGAUGAUUUUGGUCAACUUUUGAAUUCUCGAUUGUUUUGCGACGUUGAGUUCGUCGUUGGGGAUCCUGAGAACGAAACGAAAAUACCAGCUCACAUAGCCAUGGUAGCGGCAAGAUCCGAAUUUCUGAGCGCUCGUAUAAAACAGUCGAGGGAACGACGGAACAAACAUUUAGAAGAGGUUUACGGCACCGUCGAAGUGCCAAUAAAAGACAUGCCCCUCCUCGAAGUUAGACUCGAAGAUACUGCUCCCGAAGCCUUUGAAAUGGUACUGAACUACAUAUACACCGAUCGAAUCGAUCCAACCAAAAGGAAUAAUGACCUGGAGCCCGGAAAUCGUAUAGUUUUACUUAUGAUGGACGUUUACCGCUUAGCCGUUCAAUUUCACAUGGUUUGCCUGGAACAAUUGUGCGUUCAUUAUCUCGAAGCAACUAUAACACACGCGAACGUGCUCGAGGCAUUGCACUACGCGGCCCACCUUAAACUCUACUUCAUCAAAGAAAUUUGUCUCGGCUUCGUUGUCAAGGAAAGCAAUUACAAUCAGAUCGUGAUGAGCCAAGAUUUCGAGACUCUCGAACAGCCGCUAAUGGUCGAGGUUAUCCGUCGACGACAAAUACCGCAAACACGAAGUUCCACCAAACAAUUCGAGUCGGGAACUGGUACCACUUUGGAACAGGAUAUGGAAGCAUUUUUGAAGAGCGUUGGUCGAGAAUUUUGCGAUAUUACGCUUAUGCUUGAUGGUGUACCAAUUCCUGCUCACAAGGCCGUCUUGGCCGCUCGAUGUGGUUACUUUGAAGCCAUGUUUCGGUCUUUUAUGCCCGAAAAUAAUACAGUCAACAUUCAAAUUGGCGAGAUGAUACCUUCUCCGGAAUCGUUCGCCUCCCUUCUCAGGUAUAUUUAUUACGCGGAUGUAGCCAUGCCACCGGAGGACUCUUUGUAUCUCUUCACUGCUCCCAUUUUUUAUGGUUUUACGAAUAACCGCCUUCAAGCAUUUUGCAAGCAGAAUCUAGAAAUGAAUGUAACUUUUGAAAAUGUUAUACAAAUAUUGGAAGCUGCUGAUAGGAUGCAGGCCACUGACAUGAAAAAGUACGCCUUGAAUCUCAUCAUCCAUCAUUUUAGUAAGGUCGCCCGAUUACCGAGAUUGAAACAGCUGAGCAGAGAUCUUUUGUUGGAUAUACUGGAAGCUUUGGCUGACGAACAAAGCGAAGUCCGCACUUGUCAGGAUAUGACAAGCGAUUGCUGACGUUAUGUCUCGAGUCGUCGCCGUUCCAGGCUACGAAGUCCAGGUGCGCGUUGUCUGCCGACGCUCGGAAGCGGUCUAAGAGUCAGUACGACCGUGCAACGACUCGAUUGCGCUGGAUCGAGUAAACCCUCGGCGUCGUUGCUCAUACCCGACGGAAUAAUGGGACUUAGCGAUCUUCCAAGUUCACUCUAUUCCUUGAAGCAAUAGAUUCAGCCGUUAUCUCUAAAGUUGGCGUGAAAACACAGGAUGGAAUUCGAUCUUAAACACACGAACGAAUGAAAACCUCAAUGAGUCACGAAAUUUAUGGCAAAAAUCACUUUGACACAGUGGAAUUAUAGCCUACGUCCUUGGAAAGACAACCAGUUCCCUAUAAGGUUGCCCAGGACGGUUACGAGGAAAGUACAACGGUGAAUAUCUCGAUCGUGAUAGAUAAGGCAGGAUAGUUGAGAGGUCGGUAAAGAAGAUCCCCGUCCUGAGGUGGAUGUGAAAAUCUAAACGUCUUUUCACAUUUCGCCUUUGAUACGGUCUCACAGACUCAUAAGUAGGGCUGAGUGACCGCACCGUGCCCUAGAUACCCAACACUGAGGAUUUAUGGACAGAUUUUUCUCAGCAGAUCUGGAAUCAAUUGUGCCGAUUUUGGACGCAAAUGAAAAAGUGUCCACGAAUUAGCUUAAAAUUGGCUUUGCAGGUUAUGUAAUGUCUCCUCGGCUCCACGUUUUGUUGAAGGGGCAAAAAAAUUUACCCUCACCACUGAGAAUCGAUUUAUUAGGAGAAAGUAUAGACUCGACGAGCCUUGGGCUAGAGUAUGGUACUUGUCCCAGGAGCCUGUCGACUGUCUCUUCAAAUUUGUGGUUACAUCUUAUUGAAAUAUAAUAGACUUAUGAAGUUAUUGCAAAUAAAUACAAACGAAUAAAAUAGCCUAACGUAAAGUUUAGAUUUGCAGAAAUAAUGACGUUCCCCAGACCUCCUGAUAUGCACUUGUAUCGUUGUAUUCUCAAAAUUAAACGGUUACAUGCUAAACUUUUAUUUCUAAAAAAUUGUAAUUGGAUUCUCUGUAAUAGAGAAUUAUGAAAGUGGUUUGCCCAAAAGUUUCAAAGUGAUUGUAAAACUAUGAUUUUUCAAAAUUACUCACUUUCAAGAAGUCUAUUAAAACUUCAAAAUUUUGCGAAAAUAUCCUAAUUCCAUGUUGCCUCGUUCAAAAUUUGGCGAGUGAUUCAAAAGCACUGCCUCGAAUGUGUUUUGAAUUUAUAGAAACUUAUGGCCUUUGGCAAGUCCUACUGUAUGCAAAUUGUAGCGCUGUGUCAAUGAUUUUUACACAACUUAAAAUUUUAUCGAAAAUAUCUUUGAAAAAAGAUUUUUUAAGAGAUUAACGAGCGGCAAAAAAUGUGAUAAUUGAUUCGGCCAAAUUUUCAUAUACUGAGCAAAUUUUAUUCAAUUUUUGUUGAAUUUUAGAUUUGGUACAAUGAUGAAAUCAAGAAUUCUGUGCUGUCUAUUCGUUUUUCUAGUUAAAGUAACAGUUUUUAUGUGUCUAAUCAUUUUUCUGCAUAGAGGCAGAUCAUUGAUCGGCAUACUUGGUCCUUUCGUGACGAUUCCUUAAAAUUUCGCACGUCUACAAAAAUAUUUUGAAUAUGGAGAAGAAUUUUCAUACGUUCUUAUCAAAUCGAUUGUUUUUUUUUCUAUAAAUUAUAAAAACGUUAAUAAAAAGAAUUGUUGAAAUCUUGAUUUUUAUUGUCGUCCAAUACAAUUGGAAUGAGAUUUUGACCUUUUGAUACCAUUGUCGAGCGAUAAGCUGAGCUCCAUCAGGCAAGUGAUGAGGAAGGCUGUAAUGGAAGAUGGGAAUAAAAAAACCGAUGACGAAUUAAUAAA